CCUGUCGGGCAAGACGAGGGGCGUGGGAGCAUAGCUGCAUUUAAAUGAGGGAAGGGCCAAUGCAAAUGACUGCAAUGGCAUGACAGAGGAAGAAACCGACUAGAGCCCAGCCCCAGACGUCCCCCGUCCCUCCCGCAGACGGAGAGUCAGGCACAGGGCGACAAAGAGAGGCGGCCGUCUGCGUCCCAGCUCCCCUCGCACGACAUUCCCACUAAAGCAGGUAAGUAGCCGAUUAAGGCUGCUGUCCUGGAAUAAUUCAUCACCCCGAGCUGCAGGAUCGAUCGGUAUUUGCUCUUCGAAUUAAGUGUCUCAUACCGGCGUGGGGUGAAAGAUGGAGCUGGAGCAUUUUGAUGAGCGGGACAAAGCGCAGAGAUACAACCGUAGAGGCUCCCGGGCCAACGGGCUGCCAAGUCCCACUCACAGCGCCCACUGCAGCCUGUACCGGACCCGCACACUGCAGGCGCUCAGCUCCGAGAAGAAGGCGAAGAAAGUGCGCUUCUACCGCAACGGAGAUCGCUACUUCAAGGGGAUCGUGUACGCCAUCUCGACGGAGCGGUUCCGCUCUUUCGAGGCUCUGCUGGCUGACCUCACCCGGUCCCUGUCCGACAAUGUCAACUUGCCGCAGGGGGUCCGCACUAUCUACAGCAUCGAUGGGAGCAGCAAGAUGUCCAGCAUGGACCAGCUGGUGGAAGGCGAGAGUUAUGUGUGCGGCUCUAUUGAGCCCUACAAGAAGUUGGAGUACACCAAGAAUGUCAACCCCAACUGGUCAGUCAACGUGAAGACUUCCGCCUCAGUCCGCACGCCCACCUCCCUGGCCAACGCCAAGGCUGGAUCCACCGAGAUGCGGGAGGGCAAGGACUUCAUCCGGCCCAAGCUGGUGACCAUCAUCCGUAGUGGGGUCAAACCACGCAAGGCAGUGCGCAUUCUGCUCAACAAGAAGACCGCCCACUCCUUCGAGCAGGUCCUCAGUGACAUCACCGAUGCCAUCAAGCUGGACUCUGGAGUCGUCAAGAGACUCUACACUGUGGAUGGCAAGCAGGUGGCGUGUCUUCAGGACUUCUUCAGUGACGAUGACAUCUUCAUCGCCUGCGGCCCAGAGAAGUUCCGCUAUCAGGAUGACUUCCUCCUGGAUGAAAGUGAGUGCCGGAUGGUCAAAUCCACAUCCUACGGCCGGAUUUCCUGCAUGCCCGGCCGGAGCUCCCCCCGGAGUGGCCCCUCCCGGAGGAGCAAGUCUCCAGCCUCCACAGGCUCAGCCAAUGGGACUCCAGGCAGCCAGCUGUCCACUCCCCGGUCGGGGAAGUCUCCCAGUCCGUCCCCCACCAGCCCGGGAAGCGUUCGAAGGCGUCGGGGGUCCCAGCACAGUGGCUCCUCAUUGUCUUUAGCCUCCACCAAGGUCUGCAGCUCCAUGGAUGAGGGAGAUGGACCAGGCAGUGAAGCGGAGAUCAUGGACGAGUACCCCCAGGUACCCGCUUACAUCGCCGAGCGCUAUAAAGUGGGAAGGACCAUCGGCGACGGGAACUUUGCGGUGGUGCGUGAGUGUGUGGAGCGCUCCACCGGGAGGGAGUACGCACUUAAAAUCAUCAACAAGGGCAAGUGCCGUGGGAAGGAGCAAAUGAUCCAGAACGAGGUGUCCAUCCUCAGGCGAGUGAAGCACCCCAACAUUGUUCUUCUCAUUGAGGAGAUGGACACGUAUUGUGAACUCUACCUGGUCAUGGAGCUGGUCAAGGGUGGGGAUUUGUUUGAUGCCAUUACAUCUACGAACAAGUACACAGAGCGUGAUGCCAGCGGAAUGCUGUAUAACCUCACCAGUGCCAUCAAGUAUCUCCAUAGCCUCAACAUUGUCCAUCGUGACAUAAAACCAGAAAAUCUGCUGGUUUACGAGCAUCAGGAUGGUAGCAAGUCCCUGAAGCUGGGUGAUUUUGGCCUGGCCACGGUGGUGGAUGGACCCCUCUAUAAUGUGUGUGGGACCCCCACAUACGUAGCUCCAGAGAUCAUCGCUGAGACUGGGUAUGGCCUGAAGGUUGACAUCUGGGCUGCGGGGGUCAUCACCUACAUCCUCCUCUGUGGGUUCCCCCCGUUCCGUGGGAAUAGUGACAAUCAGGAAGCUCUCUUUGAUCAGAUAUUAAUGGGACAGCUGGAGUUUCCUUCGCCAUACUGGGACAGCGUGUCGGACUCGGCAAAGGAGCUCAUCACCGGCAUGCUGCAGGUAGAGGUGGAGCAACGCUUCACUGCACCACAGGUGCUGGACCAUCCCUGGGUCAAUGACGACGGCAUGGCAGAGAACGAGCACCAGCUGUGCGUGGCUGGGAAGAUCAAGAAGCACUUCAACACGGGACCGAAGCCCCACAGCACGACGGCCGGAGUGUCCGUCAUAACUACCACCGCACUUGAUAAAGAGAGGCAGGUUUUCAGACGAAGACGUCACCAGGAUGUGAGGCCCACCUCCCGUGUGCCGCAGGGGGGUCUGCUCGUCGCCGCCCCCUGCCCUGCCACUAGCCCCACCCCUACUGACUUCACUUCCGAGUCUGAGGACUAUUCUCCCAGCUCUGCUGAGACGGUCCGCUCACCCAAUUCACCUUUCUAAGCACGCCUGCUUCAGCGGAAGGCCCACCUACCCCUAGCGUGCAGAGGGUGGGUGAGGACAAGGCAGAGGCAAGAAGGAAGGAGAAUGAGGAAGUAGACAAGUCAAGAGGCAAUUAGGAACCAACAGAAAGCACAGGGGCAGAGGUCAUCCAGUCAGCACAAUGGACACAUCCCAGUGAACAGGGCAUUUUGUUAGGAUGCCUCUUAUUGGUAUAUCAACUUGUUUGUUUUUAUGUAUUUUUACGUUGCUGCUAAGGAGAAUUUUCCUCUACACUUUUGAUGUUCUGUCAGCUAUCAAUGAACUUCUGAUGGCUAAACUGCAUGACGUCAUGCCAGUCAUCCUGAAUAAUCCACGUUUUUAAGUUUCAGCAUCUGCGUGGUCACACGUUAAACCAGGUUGGAUGGUGCUGUAACCUCCUUGUCUGUCUGUUGGGAAAGACAAAAUGGAAUUAGCCUGUACUGAUGAGCUCUGCAGGAUUGAAUUUCAACUGACUGGUCCCUCUGGGGCUGUGGUUUAGAGCAGAAUGGCAUUAGCAUACAGGUCAACAGUUUUCUUUUCGUAGUUAAGAAAUAUUGUGUGGGUCUUCAUUAUGCAACAUGGAGAGUAUUUAACUUAACCUGGAAUUUAGCAUGGGAUCAUCCUGUAUUUAAAAACAUUCAGGACAUAAACAUUACAUAGGUGAUGUAUUUUAUAAAAUUACUGCUAUGUUCUGCUGAAGUCAUGCCUGUAUUUUUCAGGAGCACAUGAGAAUCACAACUCACUUCAGAGAUCACUCAAUUUCUGUGUUUUGCCCAAGAACAGAACCCCAAAACAUUCCAAAAUACUGAUUCAAUGGUUCCUUAGCUGGAGCAGAUAUGCACCAUCGCCCAGUAUAGACAGCAGUGUCCAAUGGACCAGCAGGGACAUGUUUUUCCCCGGCUUCGAUAAUCACAAGGCAGGAUUGCGGGGUGCUCUUAGAAGCCCUACAUCAAUCUUUCUUGAACCUACAACCACAGAAGAGCACAUCUCACCACAAUUGUAUCAAAUGAUCAGUCCUGUGAUAUGAGUGAACAGUGAGCUAUUAAAGAGGCCAGAUUAGGGCAGUGUCUGUAGCCUUAGAGAGGUAGAGGUACAGGACAGAGAGGAUGGUGGUCAUGGAAACAGGGACCAGGUGUCUAAGCUUACACUGUAGGAGAAUCGAUGUUAUGCAAAAUUUGGUGCACAUGUAGCGUUUUACUCUUGUGAAAGUCACUUUUUUGUAUUACUGAAAAUGAAGUAGACACAAGGAUGGAAAAUGUAAGCAUGUUAAGUGAACCUGAAACAUUUAAACGUACAAAAGGAUGGAAAUGGUGCUGCUACAGGUAGUUUAAAGGACUGCUGGGCAGUUGUGGGCGCAAGAGGGUGUAUAUUUGGCAAGUGCAGGCGGACAUAAGGCCAUGAAAAAUAUGUGGUAGUGAUUCUUGCUGCAGUAUUUUCCCUCUCCACAAGAGGGUGCUCAUGUGAAUUGAAACGUACUAGUAAUGUUUUGGGGCCUUAUAGAUAUCAGGCUUCCUUUGCUGCUCCAUAUGUUAUUGUUAUCAGCCUGAACCUCAAAAAUCCUAGCUGUGUAUAUUCUCUUGGAGAGCAGAAUAUAAAGUUUGAAUGAUAUAACUUUCCCGGUAAGGUCCCUCCUGGUUCAGUGAACACUACCUCUAACCCUGACCCCCUGGCCCCCUGGCCUCCCCCUCCACUUCCUAGUUGGCUAAAGCAGUGGUGCUUUUGAUUUGAGGCUGGCUGUGAACAUGGUCAUAGGUUCUUUUCCAGUUUCAGACAUCAGGCUGCAUCACACGAUAUCACAAGACUUGAAUCAGUAUCGUUCCUGCUCAGUCAAACCAAUAGGUGCUUUUGUUUGGUAGACAGCCACAAAGCUCCCAGUGAAGUAGUGCAGUUCUGCAUUACUGUAGCUGUGUUGGAGAUCUGGCACAACCAUACUUAGGUAUAGCAUCCAGUGCUGCCCCUCAAAGCGGAAUCAGAUCAUGGCACCACUGAGAAUAACUGGAGGAGUAUAAAUCGGACUGCAUUUCACACUGUAACCUGCACGCCAUAGACUUUUGACUCGAAGAAUGUGGAAACCUACACAAUAAAAACCCCACAAGGAAAUGCAAGCUGUGUAACUGCAAUAACUGAAUGUAGUUAUGAUUUUGGCUGUGCUGGCAACAUGGAUUUCUGUGGACCAAGAAUGUGUCCGAACUUACAUGUGGUGACAAACAUGGACGCCUCCAAAUGCUGCCCCUGCCGUCUCUCUCGGCAGACCCCGUUAGUCCAUUGGAGCCGCACUGGGCAUGUGCAGUUCAUGACCUGGCCUUUGGGGACAGCGUGCUUCCUGAACCACCUUUCUUAUUGGACUCCUAAUUCUCUCUUUCCUGCAUGUUUAUGCUCUUAAGAACAUGGUCUUGUUUUUACUGUGAUGUUUGUUUUUUUAAAAACUUGUUUUUCAUGUGGCUUAUCUCUGCAAUAUUUCCCUCUACAAAUGCCUGUAAUUUAUCCUUUAUAAAUUGCCCUUCCAAUUGGUGUGUUCUCAUCCCUUCAGGACCGAGUUGUUUUGCACAAACCAACCAGAGUGUUUAUGAUACUCUCUCCCCAACUAGGGAAUCCUCACAAUGAACCCAAAGCACGCUGAGAAUGCACUCAGUGUCAUACCUGUCAGAAGUUCGACCCAAAAGCACAAAAAAGAAAAGAUGGUUCUGGUUUCCCUAAUUGGUUUUGUAAUUUCUGAAGCAACUGACUCCUUUACUGUAUGUCAUAGGCGAAUACACACGUGAUUGUUCACAGUUCUUUCUUAAUUCCUUUCGCUAAAAAGUCACUUAUGUACCAGGAAGGUAACUGAAAGAACUUGACCUGAUUGAUUUGUUUGUAUUGGGUAAGUUGGACUGCAUUGAGUUUCAGGAAACUGGAACAGCAUUAGAAAGCACAAAUAAGGUAUACUGUAACUUUGCUACUUGGGAGGUUUAUAAAGUUUAUAAAAUGAGUGCAUCCUACAUGAAUGCAGACAUAUUUGAGGGUAUAAAAUUCUUGUUAAUGAACCGGAUGGAGUUUGUUGUACAGCUAUAGUCCCUCUAUUUCUGUUAUUAAUUAAAGGAAAAUAAAGUGUUCAGGUGAACAAAUACGUUAAUUACUGGCGAUAAUUAACUAUGGUGAAUUCAUUCAGCGGCAAGCAAAACCCACAAAUAAAGGAUUU